GUAGCAGAAAAUGUCAUAAACCAUUUUAGUUCAGAUUUGGUUUUAUUAUGGUUUUCAUAUAACGUUGGUACUUGGAACAGCAUGAACAUUUACAUUGGUCCUUGGUUGAGGCACUGAGCUUAAAACUUCGUUUUUUUCUUCCUCCUCCUUCUACCGUGGGCUUCUCUUGCUUUGUUUUCACUCUGUUCGAUAUUUUUUAAUGCCAUGCAAAACAAAAAACCGUGUCUUCUUCUUAUUUUUUUUUUUAAACACAUAAGCCGGCAUUUGUGUUCCCGUGUCUUCCCUGUUUUCUCAGUUUCUUUCUCUGUGACUCUGUCUACAAACACUAGAUUGCAUUUUUUUCUGGGAAAGUGAUCAUAUACGAGGUGAAUACCAGAGCACACACUACUCUUCAGGCAAUGAAACCUCCUUUAAAUGAUGGCAAAGACAAGAUGGAAACUGGAGGGAGCAAGGCAAUGGUGGAUACGGAGAAAACCAUGAAAAUGGGGCGUCAAUCCAAUAGAGAAAGGAAAAUGGCUUUGAUACAAGAUGUUGAUAAGUUGAAGAGGAAACUAAGACAUGAAGAGAAUGUUCAUAGAGCGUUAGAAAGAGCAUUUGCAAGACCUUUGGGAUCCCUUCCUCGUCUUCCGCCUUAUCUCCCUCCACAUACACUAGAGCUUGUGGCUGAAGUAGCAGUAUUGGAGGAGGAGGUGGUUAGACUGGAAGAGCAAGUUGUGAAUUUCAGACAAGGUCUAUAUCAGGAAGCAGUCUACAUUUCCUCUAAGAGGAAUGCAGAAAAUUUGAGGGACUCAAUGGACCAGAACUCCAUCAGAAGCUCCAAACAUCAAAGAUCAAAAUCUUUGUCCCAAAGUGAGAUUAAUUCAACUACCAUGGCCAGGCCUCAGCUUUCUCUUGCUAGAAGUGCUUCUAGUAGAAAGCUGUUCUCUGACAUUGUCAUUGAUCACACUAGUAAGCUAGUGAACAGGAAACAAUUGCACAUAAAGCAAGAUUCGUUAUCAUCAAUCCCAGGAGAGGGAUGGCGAAAAGAGAAUCCACUGUUUUAUAGCCCUUUGAAGGACAAGCAAUCUCCACAAAAGAAAACAGCCAAAGUCAUUGCUCCAGUGAAUAAGUCUUCAAUCAAAAAACAAGAAUCAAUCGGGGGGAGAUUAGUAGAUCAAGAAAGACCACAGGGUUCCUCAAGUUUAUUAGUUGACAACGCAUCAGAAGUUGAUAGCACGCCCAACAGAAUUUCAGAGGAUAUUGUCAAGUGCUUGUGUAGAAUAUUUGUGAGAAUAGGCACAUUCAAGGACAAAUUAGGGGAAUCAAAAACGCCUUCCAGUUCUAAAUCUGCAUGCAGCAAGGAAAAUGAUCAGUUUUGUGAUCCAUAUGGUAUCUGUUCGAAAUCCAAAAUGAGGGAUAUUGGUACAUAUAGUAGUUUGUGUGAGAUUAAAGCCUCCAAUGUCGAUCUCAAUCGGGCAAGAAAUGUAGCGUUUUUGAUGCAUAGAUUAAAGAUCCUACUUGGGAAACUUGCCUCUGUGAACUUGAAGGGUCUUACUCAUCAGGCGAAACUUGCAUUUUGGAUAAACACUUACAAUUCCUGCAUGCUGAAUGCAUAUUUAGAGCACGGCAUACCUGAGAGUCCUGAAAUGGUUGUAGCAUUAAUGCACAAGGCAACAAUAAAAGUGGGGGGCCUGGGGCUCAAUGCAAUUACAAUAGAGCACUUCAUCUUGAGACUUCCUUAUCAUCUGAUGUUUACCUGCACAAAAGCUGCAAAAGAUGACGACAUGAAAGUGGGAAGAAUAUUUGGCUUGGAAUGGUCAGAGCCCUUGGUUACUUUUGCACUUUCCUGUGGAAGCUGGUCUUCACCUGCGGUGAGAGUAUUCACAGCAUCACAAGUUGAUAAUGAGUUAGAAGCAGCAAAGAGAGAUUAUUUAGAGGCAGCAGUUGGCAUUACAAAAAGAAACAAGUUAAUAAUUCCAAAAUUACUAGACUGGUAUUUACUUGACUUUGCAAAGGACUUGGAAUCUUUGUUGGAUUGGGUCUGCCUCCAACUACCCAAUGAACUGAGAAAGGAAGCACUUGAAUGCCUUGAAAGAAGGGGAAGACAGCCCCUACCGCAGCUGGUACAAAUGAUGCCUUAUGACUUCAGUUUUAGAUUGCUAUUACACCUAUAAGCUCGGGGAGAGGUACUGUUCAUCGCUCAACGUUUCACUCACCACAGAUUUUUGUAUAUGGAACAGGAGAAAUGCCAAGCGACAUUUUUCUUCUGAUAUAUUUAAUACCUUUUAUUUAUUUAUAAUAAUUACUAUAAAAUUUAUUUCUAA